CGUUAAGGGGUGUGUGUCUGUGUUCGUAACGAAAACGAAACCUAACGACGGUGUGGCUGACACUGAUCACUGUGGACUUGAAGCAAUACCAACCGUUAGUCACCCGGUGACACUCAGGCAUGGCACUACAAAUAUCAGCUCUAUUGUCAUAUGUCAGGGUCCCUCUGUUCACCGGCCCUCUGUCCCGUGUCCGUGCUAACUUCCAGGGAGCCGGUGUCAAGUUCAAACACGUUUUAACUCCUGGAACCCCCCAGCUGGGAGGGAAGCCAGCAACAAGUCCUGUCCGCGGCCAUAUUAACGUUGAUGUCCGAACUGAGAAGUUUUCAACAACAACGACAGCAGCCGUUUGGAAGUCCAACCAGGGGAGCGGUUCCUCCUCACCUCGGGGGAGAAGGGGUUGGCUGAGCAAGGUCGCCCUCGGUGCCGCCCUCGGAGUGAGCACAGUCGCGCUGGUCCAGUCUCUCCACACCGGAACCCUUACCGCCAUGUCCCUCAAAGUUAACCUGAACUCCGCCGAGGGAGACUUGAAGGAGACCAAGGACUUCUUGCUGUCUCUGUCUGUGAAGGACAGGCGUCAGUACCACAGGACUUCGAGCUCUGUGCCACUGGACGACAUCCCAGUGUGGACUCCUGCUGCAGGUGGUUCUGAGCAAACUCGCUACCAGAGGAAUGAAAAGUUGGACCAGAAGAUUUCCCUCUACAGUGGUGACAUCACCAAGCUGGAGAUAGAUGCCAUUGUCAAUGCAGCAAACAAGACUCUGCUCGGCGGAGGUGGAGUGGACGGAGCAAUCCACCGCGCUGCAGGUCCAAUGCUAAAAAAGGAGUGCGCUUCCCUCCACGGAUGCGACACCGGAGAGGCCAAGAUCACUUGUGGCUACGGCCUCCCAGCAAAGUAUGUGAUCCACACCGUGGGGCCGAUUGCACAAGAAGGAGUGGGUGAGGUGGAGAGGAAAGCCUUGAGGUCGUGCUACAAGAACAGCCUGAAAGCUGCCACCAAAAACGCUGCGCGUUCUGUGGCUUUCCCUUGCAUCUCCACUGGAAUCUACGGAUAUCCACCUGAACAGGCUGUGCACGAGGCGUUGGCAACUGUGAGGGAAUAUCUGGAUGAACAUCAUGACAAGCUGGACAGAGUCAUCUUCUGUGUGUUCUUGCCCACGGAUAAGGAGCUGUAUCUGCAGAAUCUCCCGCUCUACUUCCCUGCUGCUCCCACAGAGGCCACUGUCAAGAGUAAACUCUGAGAGAGUGGAUUUGUCAGAUUUGGUUGCUGUGGAUACACACUGCCACGCUUAACAACCAGAUCCCUCCUCCUCAUCCUCCUCCUCCUCCUCGCUGCCAUCACAGAUCGAGAUUUUCUUCAGCAGGAAGAUAACUCCUAAAUAGAUGAUUGCUUUUUUUGAAGUGCACACUGGCUCUUCUGCAUGUGUUGAUUAGUUCCUCUGCCUUUCCCAUUAAUGGUUGAAGCUAAGAGAGGUGACACAAUGAAGCUGUGUAAUGAUAUUGAUAAUUCUUGUGAAAAAUGUGUGUACCUUAAGCUCAGACUCAGACUUGACCUUUAUUGUCUGUGAUCAGUGGCAUUAAGCUUACAACCCCUUUUGAGUUAUGAGUUAUUUGAAUAUUGGGAUUCCAGUGUGUGAGACAAUGGCAAAAGCUUAUUAAAAGAAUCACACAGGCUUCUGGUUUGUAUGAAUUGAUUAUUUCUCAGAAUGCGACAUGAUUCAGUGAGCUGCGGCGUCACGAGGGAACUUUAGAUGAAUAUUUCCUUAUUAGUUUCCUCACGUCUAGAUGUGAAGGAGACAGAAAAGGGAACUUUAUCUGUCAGCAGUGGUGGAAGUAACUCAGUAGAUACUCAUAUGCUUAUCUGAGGAUUUUAGAUUACUUUAGACUUCUGCUUUACUACAUUUCAGAUGGAUAUCUUGCACUAUCACCCCUGUUGGUACUAGUGACAUCUCUGCUUCUGAAAUAUGGUGAUUUGUUAGAUUGAACUGCAAAGCAAUACAUAAAGAAUUAGCAGUGAUAGCAUCAGUAGAGCAGGGUCACAUGAGUGAUAUCUGUAGCAUGUGUAAUGUUUUUCCAUGUAAAAUCACAUUUGAAAUAAAGUGGUUUUCAGUGUGA